AUGGCUGGCGGACCCAAGAAAUGUUUGUCUUUCAUUGGAUUCAGCCUUAUCUGUCUUAAAAUGGUUGCUUCAGCAAAUACAGCUCCUGAAAUACCCACUAUUGAUCAGGCAUAUUCAAAAAUCAGCACCAGCAUCACUGUGGAAUGGGCCACAGUGCCGGGGGCCACCAGUUAUCUCCUCACGGCUGAAGAUGGAGACACUGUCACUGAAACCAUGGUGGCCAAUUCCCCAGGCACUGUGACAGGCCUGAAGGCUGCAACCUUGUACCAAAUCACUGUCAGAUCCGUCAGUGCCACUGGGAGAAGCCCAGCAUCGCUUCCAAAGCAGGCAAAGACAGUGUUGGCUGCACCAAUUCUAGAAGUAAGCUCUCCAAGUCCAGACUCUAUUCUUGUGCAGUGGGAAGCUGUAUAUAUGGCAAUUGGAUUCUCUGUGUCCAUUAUGCGAGCCAAUGGUUUGGGUAGAAUAUGGAAAGAGAAUACCACAAACACCUCCUUGACAUUCACCAGGUUAGAUGCUGGGACUCUCUACACCAUAAAGGCCUAUGCGUGGAAUGCCAAUGGAACCCCUGGGGAUGACUCCACCUGCAAUCAGAGAACAAGUCCUCGUGCCCCUGCCAGCAUUCAAGUCUCUCUUGACGGUGGGGCUCUGACGGCUUCUGUUUCAUGGGCCCCAACGGAAGGAGCUUUCAACUAUACCGUGAUGGCUUUGAGUGACUCUUCGGAGCUGAGCUGUAGUACGACUCUCAGUGCCUGUACUAUCUCCUCCCUACAGUGUGGGACUGAGUACCUAAUUUCAGUUUUAGCAAGUAAUGAUGCUGGGUCUAGCAAGUCAACUUCAUCAGAGGCCCUAAAAACUGUUGCUUGUGCACCUGGAAGAGUGACCAUCCAAGAAGAUCCUCCGGGCCACCUGUCUGUGGCUUGGUCCAAUGUAGAUCUGGGUGAUUACUAUGUGGCCUUUGUGAAGAGUGAUGAUGGCUUGGAAGUCCACUGCAACACAUCCCUCACCCAGUGCAAUUUCUUAUCUGAAUGUGGCUUCACUUACUUUAUUAGUGUUUUUGCCUAUAACAAGGCAGGGCAGAGUCCUCUGGGCGAUGUGUUCAAUUAUACCACAGCCCCCUGUUGUCCUAGCGAUAUUAACCCUGUGUUGGUGUCCAGUGACAGAGUAGAGAUUGUCUGGUCUCCUGUCCGUGGUGCCGAACUUUAUGAAACCAAGGCUGUAGAUGGGUUCAAAGUGGUUGAGUGCAAUGACACUGCUCCUGCUUGCACCCUCUCCGCUCUAGAGUGUGACACCAAGUACAACAUCACAGUGUAUUCCUUCAGUGAAGUCCGGGGCAGCAAUAUGUCAUGUACUUCCCGAUUUGUAACCACAGCUCCUUGCAGUCCCGAAAUAAAAAACGUUUCAAAGGAUGCAUUCUCCAUGAUUCGUGUGCACUGGCGAUCCACUAAUGACGAUGCCACUUACACGGUGACUGCCCAGGGGGAGAAAGGGCUGUAUCGGUGCAGCAGCACGGGAGAGUCCUGCGUGGUGGGGAGCUUGCCCUGCGGCUCCGUGUUCUCCGUCACUGCGGUGGCUGAAACACAGGCAGGGCGGAGCCUGCCCAGCUUCAGUGUGCCCCUGGAAACAGUGCCGUGCUGUCCAGCUGGUCUGACAGUAACUCAGGUCACCCAAUCAGUAAUCAACGUGAGCUGGACUGUUGGGACCGGGGCCCAAACCUAUGUGACAGUUCUGGAGUCGCACACCGGACAGUCUAAGUGUCUCACCCAUCAAAACCAGUGCCUCCUGGGAUGUAUCACAUGUGGCGUCAAUUACACAGUGGCAUUAAAAGCGAUUAGUGCCACUGGGUUGACUGCAGACUGCACCUACCAAAGUUAUUCCUCUAGUGCCUGCUGCCCUUUGGGAGUGAAAUUAUAUAGGCUGAGCCCUAAUGGCAUCCGAAUCUACUGGCAAGCCUCCAGGGGCUCUACCAAUUAUAGCACUGACCUCUACGGUUCUAAAGGCAUUUUCACCUGUGCCCCAAGAGCUGGCCUCAGUUUUUGUGAUGUCACCGAGAUACCCUGUGGGGAUGUAUAUACCGUGAUGGUCUCACCAGUUGCUGAGACAGGACUGAAGCUUACUUUCUGUCCAAAAAAAAUCUAUUCAGUAACCUGCUCUGGAAGUACACUUGGAAUGGUGAUUUACCGAGGGAAAAGAAAUGCAGAAUAA